CGCCCGCUCCCUGAGGUGAUCUCGGCGCCGAUUGGCGGGCGCGGGCGGUGAGUGACGGCGGCGGCGCGGUGGGUCCGUGCCUCGGAGCGGGCUGGCGGCGGCGGCGAUGAUGGAGUCGGUGCGAGCGCAGCGGCUGCAGCCCGGCGUGGGGACGCUGCGCUCGCUGCGCCCGGGCGUCACGGGCGGCCCCGCCGCCGCCGCCGCGGCCUCGGCGCCGCCGCCGCCCGCCCCUCCCCCGCCGCUGCUGCUGCCGCCCGUCGCCGCGGCGGCGGCGGCGCCUCUGCCCGCCGCGCCGCCCCCCGCCGGGCUGGGCCUGGGGCUGCCGCCGCCGCCGCCGCCGCUGGGGCUGCAGGGCCCCGGCGCGCCGCCGCCGCCGGGCGCCGGGCCGCCCGCCGUGCUGCGGGAGGCUGUGGAGGCGGUGGUGAGGAGCUUCGCCAAGCACACGCAGGGCUACGGCCGCGUGAACGUCGUGGAAGCCCUUCAGGAGUUCUGGCAGAUGAAGCAGUCGCGUGGAGCUGAUCUGAAGAAUGGAGCCCUCGUGGUGUAUGAGAUGGUCCCAUCCAACAGUCCCCCUUACGUCUGCUAUGUCACCUUACCAGGAGGGAGCUGCUUUGGCAGUUUCCAGUUCUGUCCAACCAAAGCUGAAGCGCGAAGGAGUGCUGCGAAGAUUGCGCUAAUGAACUCUGUCUUUAACGAGCAUCCCUCUCGGAGGAUCACGGAUGAGUUCAUUGAGAAGAGUGUUUCAGAGGCCUUGGCAUCUUUCAACGGUAAUCGAGAGGAAGCUGAUAAUCCCAACACGGGAAUUGGUGCAUUCCGCUUCAUGCUGGAAUCCAACAAGGGAAAGUCAAUGCUGGAGUUCCAGGAGCUGAUGACAGUCUUCCAGCUGUUGCAUUGGAACGGCAGCCUCAAAGCCAUGCGCGAGAGGCAGUGCUCACGGCAGGAAGUACUGGCUCACUACUCCCACCGCGCUCUGGACGAUGACAUAAGGAACCAGAUGGCCAUGGACUGGGUGAACAGGGAGCAGAAUAGCCCAGGGGCCCUUUCCAGAGAGCUGGCUUCAACGGAGAGGGAGCUGGAUGAAGCCCGCCUGGCUGGGAAGGAGCUGCGUUUCCAUAAGGAGAAGAAAGACAUCCUGAUGCUGGCAGCUGGCCAGCUGGGGAGCAUGCACUCCUCCAACUGCUAGACUUUGUAUGCAAGUCGUUCUACUCCCCCAGGCCUACUAACACCUCCACACUGACGGGCUCCGUCCCAUGUCACUUAACGCAUGUAAUGCCUCUUCCAGAAUUGUGGCCCAUUUGCACAUUUUAAAGAAAUUUUUUUUUAAAAAAUGCCUGUACAGAUUUUUAUACCUUCUUUUUUUAAAAUUUGCUUCUAAAUCUACUCCUCUGCUUCCUAUCUGCUAGAGAGUUCCUUCUGUCACUUUAAAGAAUGCAUUUAAAAAAUGCAGCCUUUCAGUAUUAACACUAAAGACCUCCCUGUACGUGGGUACUAUGUAAUUGGCAGUAUUACGUGGAAAUGUAGCACUUCUUCAAGAAGCUUCUGUUCUUCGGAGCUGAUGCAUGUUGUGCAGACCUGCUUUUUUUAUUCUGCUUCUGUAGUAGAGGGAGUUCUGUCAAAACUCCUUCUUGAUAAGCACAGUAGUUAAAAAAAAAAAAAAAAAUGCAUUCUUUUUAACUUUACAGUGAGAGCUGCAUUGGGGAGUACUCCAAAGCACAUAAGAGGUUUAAAACUGGGAUUUUGGUUUGGUCAGGCUUAAGUCUGGGGAUCGCUCUACAGAAUUCCAGUUCCAAGCUGAGGCAGGAUUCACAGUUAACCCUGCAACUGUCAGGUGUCUGGAUCUGUUCCUGCUCUGGUCUUUCACUCGCAGGGUAGGACAUAGUUCAUUUCCAAAGUAAAUAAUGCACCUAAUAGCAAACUAUAAAACUCUGUGGUACUUAAGGGAUUGGAUUUAGCAGUUAAUCAGUCUGCACCAGACAGAGCCUCCUGCCAUGCUCUUUUUCGAUCCUCUUUGGGUUCUUACGGUGUUUCGCCCAGUCUGGGAGGAUGGAGAUGCUAAAGGGCUGUCCCAAGCGCCAGCAGUUGGCGGUGGUAUGAAGUGGCCAGUUUACUUGACUAGAAAUCAAGCCUUGGAGUUGUUUGGCUUCCCCACUAACCUGGGGAGAUGAGGAUUUUUGAAAAUCGUGCAGGAAAUAAGAGAUGGACACGCUGUUCUCUCCAGGGUAGCUUCCAAACUGAAUGUCAGACUUGGCCUUUUGAAGGAAGAUUUAAAAAGCCUUGCCAGAGAUUCAGACUUAGCUAGCAAUAAUAGGGGGGAGCUGUGCAGCCUCUCUGCCUGAAGAGCCUUGUAUAUACAAGUCUUUGUUAACCAGAACUGUGUUUAAUCCUCUGAACCAGAACACAGGAUCUACCCAGCCUCAGCAGCAAAAGCUCAGAUAGGGCUUGGCCUCAACUGUGCUUUGCUUCUACCAGCCAGAGUAACGGGGUCCAAGCCUUGUGCCAAGAGGGGCUGUGCCUCAUUUACAGCACGCAGCGCUCUCCGCAGCCUAGCUCCCGAGAAAUAGUUGGCAGGGACAAUCUUUAGGAUUACUGGUGGAUCGGAGAGCUGCUGCUUAGCAGAGGGCUGAGUAGCUCUGUGGGUAUCUUCAGCAGAUCACACAGCACACCUUAAUGUUACCUGGUGAGAACUUGGUGUGGGAGGGAGGGAAGCACUAGGCUGUACAAAAUGAAGGUGUGGGCUAUAGGUUUGGCGCCUCUGGCCGGCAGUGUUUAUAUAGUAUAGCCUCAAACUGCAGAGUGGGAGAGAAAGUGCGUGCAAGAGCUGUGCUUCUCUUGGAGCCAGAGGCUCCCUGCUUUGGAGCUUGCUCCAUUUUCAAUAAUGGUGUUGGAACAAAACACUGCUGAGUUGAGAAUCUCUAUAUGCACUAUUUUUUUUAAAUGAAUAGUUCCCUGCUCUUUGUAUACGUAUCAGUACUAAAUCUGUAUGAUGUUUAGAUUAAAAAUACCCUUCCUGACACUUGUGUUCCUGUAGCUCAAAUUCACAGUCCAAGAAAGUAGUGAUUUGUUCAAGGUAAUUCUUGUAUCACUUCCUACUUUUCUAAAAUAUAGCCCAGAAGAGCCAGCGAUGUCUCGGUGGGACUAUAAAUUAAAGACAGACUUCUUUCUUCAACACAGUAUUCAGCUUUGAGUGUUCUCUGGUCUUUUUCUUUUCUUUUUUUUUUCUUUUUUCCUCCCAUGACUAUACUCUGGGUAGAGGUACAAAGCCCGUGGGAAUCUGACGGGUAGCUUUUGCUAUUUCCAUAGAUGACCACCCCUCAGCCCUCUCCUUUCUCUGAAGCAGCCUCUUACAGAGUAUGUGUGAACUUAGAGGCCCGUGGAUAUUCAAGCAAUAGUCUUGUUUUGAAAUGAAGAUCAAGAAAACCGCAUUAUCUGUAGGUAUUCUAGUUUUGUAUUCUUGUCCUAACAAGCCUAUUUUGUUUUUAUAUAUUUUUUUAUAUGCAGCCUUUUACACAACAGUAUUAAUGUUUAAUGCGUUUAUAAAUGUGAUUGUAAAUGGUGUGGAGUUUUGUUUUUUUUUUUUUUACAGGUUGGUAAUAUCUAGACCUUGUAUUUGGAUUUAAUCACCUGCUCUAGAAGUAGUGUGGAGUCUAACGUUUUUCUAUUAGCACUUCCACACCUGCGUAUAGUGUUACAGUACGUCAUGUGAAGCGGUGAUUUAUCUGAUGGCCUGAUCUUGCAAAUGUGGAAACUCUUGAGAAACUUCACUUUUGGGGCAGAUGGUGUAAGCAGGAUUGGCACCCAACCAUGUAUCUCCAGGUUUUCGAGUUGCUUUGACUUGCACCAGUAUUUUCCCCUGCAUUACAGACCAGGGUUUGUCAUCUUAUCCUAGCUACUUCUCGUCCCUCCAGCAACGUGAGAUGGAAAACGUGACCCAACAAAGUUCUGAGACGUCCCGUUCUUGGCUCACGUGGAAUUGUCAGGGUCCACUUGGACUUUGCAAGUUGAAAACGGUCAUUUAGAGCUGUAGAGAUCAAUGGGCUGGAGCGGGUGAGGUCUUGCCUUAAGAAUCCUGGUGCUCGUUCAGGAAACAUCGUGCACCCCCUUCUGCCUGCCUGCAGCUGGGUGCAGCAGGGAUUUGGAUCUAGAAUUGCUUUCAGACACCCUGUCUGAAUUAAUAGUGGCUUUUUGCUUGUGGUACAAGGCCCUGUCAGUUAGAAACUUCUUUACUUAAAUGUCUGUAGCAGCACUUAACAAACAAACUCUCCCCCUGGAGACUUUCUUGGGGAGGAGGAAUUCUUGCUGAGCAGAGUUUGUGCCCUACGUGUUGGGACUCUUAGCAUAGCUGCGGUCGCGCAUGCUGCUCUUUGCAGUGCUCGCUGGUGUUUUGCAUGCAGGGAUCUUAAUGGUUUUAGCAAAGCCUGUCUCCGUAACGCUCCUCUGUCCUGCAGCGCUGAACCGUACGCAAGCUGUUUCAGAUGCCUCGCUACUGCCAGCAGCCGCUCUGAAAUGAAUCUGGGAGGAUUAUGUUGUUUCCAUUGUCAAAGCCCAAGUCUGUAAAAUGGGAUGUCCUGGCAGCAGGGAAGGUACAGUGAAAACCUGAUACGCUGUUACUCGUGUUUUGGCAGCACUGACACUGUUUUUUUGUCUCCUGAUCUACUUGGAAGGUGAUAACACCCCUGCCCUAGGGACAAGGAAAGCUUUGUGGGCUUGCUUUCUUUGGGAAAGGUGGGACAAGUAGCUGCUGGAGCCGUCGAGCUUGUUUUAAGAUGUGGCUGCAGAGUCUGCCUCAUGAUGAACGACCCCAGCUAAGCCUCUGUCACCUGAACGUACCCGUACACAAAGCGUGUGUAGUUGGGGGUGUCACCGCUUUCCCCUUCUCUGGGGGGUUAGAACAACACUAAGCCUAGGCAGGCCCUGGGCAGUUUUAUAUUAAAUAGCAGCAAGUGUAUAAAACUUUUCUUUAUUCCAAUUACUUUGUAUUCUGGGAACGUUGUUUCCCCAAAUCCCGAGGGAGCGGGCAGGGGGGACCGGCCUUCAGUCUGUCUCGUGGCAGCAGCGUCACUAAUAUCCUGCCUUUCUCAAGGUUCAAGCUCUUGUCAUCCUUGUUCGUGCGUAUAGUUAAAUCCAAAGCUAAAAUGAUAAAUCACCUUUCACGUGCCGUCCCUGCCUUUUUCCAUGUAUGUCAUAACAUUCAGUACGUCGUUGCAUUUUGUAUGUAUAAUUUUAUACAAUAAAGCAAUAGAUUUUGGGGUA